AUGCAAUUCAUUCAAAUCGCAUCCCUUUUCGCCGUCAUGGCAGCUUCUGUCUUUGCCGACGCCAACGUCGGUUCCAGCUGUGAUGGAAACGCCUACGACUGUGUUGCGGGCGGCUCUGGGAUUGCCGUCUGUGACGGUGCCAAAUGGCAGCUCGCCUCCGAGUGUGGCAGUUGCCCAAAUGCCUGCAUGUUCCCUCCUGGCACCAAGGUUCCUUACUGCCAUGUCUCCAGGUUCAGGAACGGCGGCUGGGUCAGGCAAAUGGACGCAACGUAA